ACACACACACACACACACACACACACACACACACAUAUACCUGUGGUACAAGGAGGAGAGCUAAAACACUUGAAUUAGGCUCUUCACUGUGUAGACGUUGCACUGUAUGGAAUACGCCUUUUGCUGCAUCAAACAGAGACUUGAAGAACUUUAGGACAUGCUGUUCUUCCUUGUCCUGUCUUUUUGGGCUCCGGCUGUAUUGAUUUCGGGCCAGGUUUGUCCAUUGAACAGCACACCAUGGAAAACAGUUACUCUGAGUAACAGAGGACAUGUCUUUCAAGAGGAGGGAGUGUGGAAUUACACCACCAUGCUCCUGAUGGAAGAUGAGGGUGUGCUCAUCCUGGGAGCUCGAGAGGCCAUCUUUGCCCUGGACCUUAACAACAUCACACACAAGAAGGCUAUGGUUAAGUGGUCGGUGACUUCAGAGAUGCAGCGCAAUUGUAUCUUCAACGGGAAAACACAGACUGAGUGUCAUAACUACAUCCGGAUCCUUCAUAAAAUGUCGAGCAACACCAUGUUCGUUUGUGGUACCAAUGCUUUUAAUCCGACCUGUGAUAUUAUGUCUUAUAAAGACGGCAAGCUGACUCUCGAAGGUAAACAACAAGAUGGGGAAGGAAAGUGUCCAUUUGAUCCUUUCCAGAGAUGCGUCUCUGAAUUUGUCGAUGGACAGCUGUACUCUGCUAUGUUUAACAAUAUCCUGAGCUCAGAACCGGUUGUGAUGCGCAGCUUCAAUGGCACCAUAAGAACUGAAUACAUGACUGCAUGGCUUAAUGAGCCCAAUUUCAUUGGCAUGAAGCAUGUGACUGAGGGAGAUGACAACCCAGAGGGGGAUGAUGACAAGAUUUACCUUUUCUUUAAUGAAAGAGCUGUGGAGUACGAUGCCUACAGUAAGAUGGAGGUGUCAAGGGUGGCUCGCGUUUGUAAGGGGGAUGUGGGAGGACAGCGGACACUGCAGAAGAAGUGGACAUCAUUUCUAAAGACUCACCUGGACUGUCCUGUUCUUCAAACCAGACUACCACUUCUCAUACAGGAUGUGUUCCUCUUCUGCCCAGACACCUGGAAAACCUGUAUGUUCUACGGUGUCUUCACUCCUCAGGGUGAAAUGCCAGAGUACUCAGCAGUGUGCGUGUACAGCAUACAGGACAUCGGGGAUGUGUUCUCUAAAGGCCGAUUCAAAACUCUAUACAGACAUAAUUUAGUUGAAAAAUGGGUGACAUUCUACGGACCUGUGCCUGACCCUCGUCCCGGAGCUUGUAUUAACAGUAAGACAAGGGAGAAAGGGUUUUCAACGUCUUUGGACCUCCCUGAUGAAACCCUUCAGUUCAUCCUAUACAACCCACUGAUGGAUCAGGCAGUGAAGCCUUCUGAGCAGCCCCUACUGGUGAAGAAAGGAGCUGCGUUUACUCGUAUAGUGGUGGCCAGCACUACUGCCCUGGAUGGGAGCAGCCAUCAGGUCAUGUUUAUUGGCACAGCAAGCGGUUCAGUGCUGAAAGCAGUCAACUAUGACGGAAAGAUGGUGAUAAUAGAGGAGGUGCAGCUCUUUAAGCAGUCCGACCCAGUGAAGAUAUUGCGGCUCUCUGUCACCCUGGGUCAGCUGUAUGCAGGCUCAGAGGAAGCAACGGUGCAGAUGCCGCUUAGUACAUGUGACCAUUACGCUUCCUGUAUGGACUGUUUGCUGGCCAGAGACCCGUACUGUGGCUGGGACCUCAGCACUGAACGCUGCAUUGCUAUAAUAAACAUUCAUCCAGAUACACACAGUGAGGUGGUCCAGAGUCUGAGAGAUGGAAAUGCUGCACGUUGUCCUGCAGUCGGUAUGCAAACAGAAAGUACUACGAUCAUUCAAAACUUCUAUCUUGGUAACGUGGUCAGGUUGCUGUGCCAGCCAGGAUCAAACCUGGCCCGAGUGCAGUGGAGCUUAAACAAUCACACAAUUCAAAACUCCAACAAGUACCACAAUCUUCACAACAACCUGUUGAUCCUCAAUGCCUCGGACAGCGACAACGGAUUCUACACCUGCACCGCUGUAGAGUCCUCCAAUGGUAAAGACGAUGUCAUCCAAAAUGCUACAUAUGAGCUGAGGCUGGGGAACUUCAUGGAGCAUCCUUCGGUUCAGCCACUGGCCCAGGACCAGCAGAAAUCUCUCUUGGCCCUCAAGAUCCUGGUCAUUAUACCAACACUGAUAUUAUUAGCUCUAGUGGUAUGGAACGUCCACAAAGGACAUUUUGCCAUCCUGAGAUGCUUGGAGAAAGCUGAGGAAAGUCCACAGUGUGUGUCUGGAUUUCAGGAGAUACAGCUCUAAUAUUUAAAGAGAGUUCAACAGAUACAACAAUCAACAGAAUAGCUGGAUCCCCUGAUACGACAGCAUAAUGGAGACAAAUUGUUCUAGUGAAGUUUAUUUUUUAUUUUGCAAACACCUCAAUGACAAAUCCAACAUAAUCCACACUGAUAAAAAUAACAAUUAAAAUUUACAAAAAAAUUUUUUUAAAGUUUUUGCACUCAAAUCUUUCAAAUAAAAUGUACACUUGUGAUAUUACGUAAAAUUUAUGAAUUUAUGAAGUUGAGAAAAAUGAACAAAGUAAUUAAGUUCACAUAACAUACUGAUCUUAUGUAAUUAAUUGAUAUAAUUAAGUAACAUUGUAUUAUUUGUAACAGCAGUCUGUUAAUAUCACUUUGUUUCUGUCCAGUCUUUGCAUAUAAGUUUACAUGGCUUGAAUAAGCAAAAGAUUUAUAAUCAUUUAUAAUCAAAAAUGUCAUUGCACUUUACUUCUGCUUGAGCUGUUUAAAUUCUUAUUCUUAUUUUUAAGCAUUGAUCUUAAGCAAGAUUCUCAAAAUUUUUGUAAUUUCUUACAUUGAACCUCUUAAUAAAUACUCUUGAUUGCA